ACCGCUUCCUUGGCUUUGAACUUUUCAAGAGACCUUUUUGGCACUGUUCAUCUUACGUCUCUUUUGUUUUGCCCUCGCGGGCGAACCCAUCUUCUGUUGCUCAUUCCGUUGACCCAAUCCUUGUCCUUUUCACCGGCCCUUUUUCCAAAUCUGAAUCGGGACUCCUGCAAAUUCUUCAUUGCACAUGCCCUUUUCCGCAAAUCGCAUCGUGCAUGAUUUCCAGGGCGCUCUCUCUGUCUCUUAUAUUCCCAUGCAGUGUCUUGGGGACGUGAACUACGAUGGUUGAUCUGCAUGAGCUUCUGUUGGGCUUCUCUAUCGUCUCCGUGGUGCUGUUCUCGAUCCGGAGGCUCCAGAGCCUCAUGAUGUCGGUCACCGCCAUUGCGCACGAGUCCUCUGCAUUGUCGGUGUCUCCCGGUCCCCUGUCGACGUUCGCCAAGGUUCUCGCGGCGUGGAGAGGGCCGUCCCCAGUUUCUCCGAGCUUCCUGCCCGAGACCCUGGAAAGCCCGGCUUCCGCAAAGGGAGAGAUAUCGAACCAGAGCGCCGCUAGAGAAAGUGAUAUGUCCCGCGCCGAAUUGGAAGAUUCGCAAGACUUAACGCGUCCAGAGAAAUGUGAUGAUUUGUUGACGGUCAAGCAAUGUAGAGAAGUGCGUGAAAAAGGUUUGCACGAUGUCCGUCCACGCGAGAUUAAUUCCGAGGCGGCGACAGAUGUCCCAGCUUCACCGGCGCAGAGAUUGAUUGCUGGCGAAAAGGUGAGUGCUAACAAGCUUAGGAAACGGCCGGCGAGGCUUAUUUUGCCGGAGAAUUUCCCGGCUCUCGAAUUGGGCUGCGAGAGGUUGAAGAAGAGAGAGAACAAGGAGUUUGAGGUGGAGGGAAGAGAUUACUGUUUGGUUAGCAAGAAAGGGAGGAGAGAUGUAAUGGAGGACAGCUAUGGAGUCACGGUCGAUGUCGCCGGAGAUCCCAAGCAGGCGUUUUUCGCUGUAAUAGAUGGACAUGGAGGCCGAGCCGCAGCUGAUUACGUCGCUGAAAAUCUAGGAAACAACAUCCUUAGAGAAGUUGAAACCCUAGGAGAGGAAAGAGGCUCUCUAGAAGAGGCCAUUCGCAGGGGCUACUCGGUCACGGACAAGGAGUUUCUUAGUCAGGGUGUAGUUAGCGGAGCUUGUGCAGCUAGUGUGCUACUGAAGGAUGGGCAUUUACAUGUAGCUAAUGUAGGUGAUUGUAGAGUAGUUCUAUGUAGGAAAGGAGUAGCCGACGCAUUGACCAGGGACCAUCAGGUUAGCCAAGAGGACGAGCGCCUCCGGAUCGAGAACUCAGGCGGCUUUGUACAUAGCCGUAAUGGGGUGUGGAGAGUACAUGGCUCUCUAGCGAUUUCUAGAGCAAUCGGGGACUUGCAUUUGAAAGAAUGGAUAAUUUCCGAGCCAGAGAUUAAGAUGUGCCGGAUAACGCCAGAUUGUGAGUUCCUCGUCAUGGCUUCAGAUGGAUUGUGGGACAAGGUCAGUGAUCAAGAGGCGGUUGAUUUGGUGUCCAGACAGACCAACUUGCAAGAAUCCUGUAAGAAGCUCGUGGAAUUAGCUUGUUCCAAAGGCAGCCUGGACGACAUAACUGUGAUGCUCAUCAAUCUUCAGAACUUUCGUUCCUGAUGGCCGCUUUCUGCACAACCUAAAAUGUCGAUCCACGACAAACCAAAGGAAGCUAAAUCUCGAACACAUCUUUGGCCCGGAAGGACCAGAUAAAACGUCACGCACCUCACGAGUCAGCGAGCAAUCCCACCAUGAUCAGUUUUGCGGGCUGCAGCGUGUUUAAGUGUAUAUACCAGGAGUUAUAUACUUUGAAGAAUGAUAGUUUGCGCUGCAAAUCAAGAGUAGAUUUUUACAUGCCUUCCCUAGAGAACAUACAGAUUUAAAUUAAAGUGGGUUUCACAUUCCUUCCGUUACUUAAUUGUUAUCAUUUUGGCGUUUGUACUUGACUAAAUCCAACUCUAAUCCUAUUCUAUUGGCGUUGU